CUUGUCCAUUCGAUCUUCAAUUUUAAGUGACAUGUGUUUGACUUUGACAUAAAAAAAAUAUUUACCAGAGAUUACCUACCUAUAUACAUUUAAUAAAAAUACGAUUAUCUUAUAAUGACUUCGAAUAAAAAAGUAGAGGAUGGACUAGAACACAUUAAAAAUGCUGAAAAAAGUUUAAAGACCUCUUUGCUUAAGUGGAGACCAGAUUACGAAAAUGCUGCAGAUGAAUACAAUAAAGCAGCAACAUGUUUCAGAAAUGCUAAAUCCUAUGAGCAGUGCAAGGACUGUUUACUUAAAGCAGUUGAAUGUCAUAAACAAAAUAGAGCUUUAUUUUAUGCAGCCAAAGCUCUAGAUCAGUGUGUUCUAGUUAGUAAAGAGUUGGGCAAUUUAAGAGACAUUGCAGAAUAUGCUGAAAGGGCAGCCAAUAUGUUUCAGACACAUGGAAAUGCUGAAUCUGCAGCUUCUUCCCUGGAUAAAGCAGCUAAAAUAAUAGAAUCUCAAUAUCCAGAGGAUGCACUAAAGUUGUAUCAACAUGCCACAGAAAUUGUAUUGAUACAGGAUAGUACUAGACAGGCUGCAGAGUAUACUAGUAAGAUAGCAAGGAUACAUGUUAAGUUACAGCAGUACGAUCUAGCUGCUGAUGCAAUUCGUCGUGAAUUGGGCUUGCAUCAACAGAACGAAUCAUAUCAGGCGACCGGGCGACUGAUUGUAGCCUUAGUUCUAGUCCAAUUAGCUAGAGGAGAUGUAGUAGCGGCCGAAAAGGCCUUCAAAGAAUGGGGUAAUUACUGUGAGGCGCCCGAAUUGCAGACGUUAGAAACGUUGUUGACAGCCUACGAUGAGGAGGAUCCGGAAAAUGCCAAAAGAGCGUUAAACAGUCCCUUCAUUAAACACAUGGAUGUGGAAUACGCUAUUUUAGCCAGAGAUAUGCCAUUGCCCGAAAGUUCAAUUCCUCGAGCUGCUGCUUCAGCUUCAAACAACGUUCCUGGCGCGAAAGGCGAAGAGAGCCCUGCAGACAACAUCGAAAAAGAUCCUCAAGUUUCAGACUCUGCACCAAAAGCUGAUACCGAAGACGAUGAUGACUAUGGCGGCGGCCUGUGUUAAUCAAUUAAUUAUUGAUAAUUGAUGUAUUUUAAACAAUUUAUCGGCGACUUCGUUUAUUUGUAAGAGAACGUUUAGGCUAAUCCGCAUUUGUUUGACACGUUUUAACAUAUUUUAAGGUUCUUAACGUUCAGAUAUAUUUGUGCACCAAACGCAUUUAACUUUGGCUUAUCGAAGAGGUUUUGCCGACACUAUUUUAUAAAGUAAACAAUAAUAAAGAAGAGCUGUGAUUAAUCCACAUGUGGACCGUGAAGGUUACAGGUGAUAUAUAAUAUGACAACAAAAUAAUAGUUUUUCUUCGAUCACUAUUGAAAGUAGGCUUUUGCGCUUCGAAAUCCAACCACAAAGUCGACGUUUUCCGCAAACUGAUAUUUAGUGACAGCUUUGUUGCUCGCCUAAUUUAAAUUCUUUUUAAUAAAUGAUUUUCUAGUUAUUUGUACGUAGUUACAUGUUUUUUGGUUAUAUUAUCCAAGUUAACAUGGAUUUUGAAUAUCAUGUUUUUUUUUUUUUUUUUUUUUUUUUUCAUGAUUAACGUAGGUAUAGGCAAGACAUUAUACACUACUUACGCGUCUUGCGGGCAACUUUCUGUCUCAAGCGGCAAAGUAUCACUUUUCGCUCUUAAUACACAUAUAGCUAUUAUGCAACAAGAGUAGAUAUGAUGGCGAUAUUGACAAUCCGCUACAGUUGUACAGUAUAUUUUUUCUACGACCCACUAACGAAAAUCUACAAAAUGUUAAAAAGUAAUUUUAGAGUAUAUUAAGGUAAAAUAACUAUUUUAAAGAUAAUUAACACAAAAAUUUGAAAUUAUGAAUUUUACUACUUAAUAAAGUAAAAAAAUGUCCUUGGCUGGGAUUUGAACUCCGGUCCUUGGAAUGGAAACACUUCACUCAAACCUUGCACUACUAACUUUUAAAUUUUUUAUGGCUUAAAAUUUAUAAUUGAAUUGUUUUUAGAUAGUUUUAUUACAAUUUAGUUUCUUUGUAAAUAUUAACGAAUAUCUAGUGAAUAAAAAAUAUUAUCUCUAGUGAUUAUUAAAUAUGAACUGUGAUUGGUAUUUCAUAUACAUACAGUGUCCUUACUAGAAUGGAUAUGAAAUUAUAUUCGUUCUGUAGUCUGUGCGUAGAAUAGAUAAUAUCCAUGUGGGUGUAGAAAAAUGUACUUCUCUUUGAGUUUGUCGUGUUAGAGAUUCUAAAGUCAUCUUGACAUCUGUCUCAAUCUCAACUGUCACUUGUCUGUUUUUAAUGAAAUGCCAGUUCAAAAUACUGACAUUUUGCUUGCUCUUUUCACAAAAUGAGAGUGGUUAAUGGGACUAUCUGUUUAAAUCACAGCUCUUUCUUUAACAAUAGAAUUUGUACAGAAAUGUUAAAAAUCUACAUCAAAAUAUUUAUUUUAUAUUAUUAGCGUAAUUAUUAUAAUUGAAUGUGAUAUAUUUUAAAAAUAACAUUCCUUUUUAGAAUUGUAAGAUGUAACUACGCCAUCUGAUGGUAGGAACUUAAUUGUUGUAACUGUUAAAAUAAUUUAUUUCAGAAUUUGUUAGUGGACUUUUAAUGCGAAGUACUAUAAACAGAUUUUUAUCAAUAUUAUCAACAUUUUUUAAAUUAUAUUUUAUUCUUUGUGUAAUAAUUUCAUGAUUUCUACUCGUGAGAAUUCUGAGGAUAGGAGUUUUAUGUUAGUGACUGCUGCUUCUUAUUUUUUUUUACUUCAUUAUAUAAAUAUUGUGAGUUGUGCUGCUUUCAGCACUUUUAAUAAUGAUGUUGGAUCACAUAUUCUCAAUAAUCUUUUGUGUGGUUGAUUAUACAAUAGGUAUAGAAAAUAUAAACUUGUUUAAAUAUAUCUCGUAUUUCAUGUCUAAUUGUUUUGAGAAUUUGUAUCGUUGAUGCCCGCAGAGAGACUAAAUAGUUUAUACUUGUUUAAAUAUAUCUUGUGUAUCAUGUCUAAUUGUUUUGAGAAUUUGUAUCGUUGAUGCCUGCAAAAUGACUAAACAGUAGAUAUCACAUUAAGGACUACAUGAGUGUACGUACACACUUCAGGCAGUUAAAAAAAUGUGUUAUGAUAUACCUUAAUUACCGAGGUAACAAGUUAAUAUAUAAUAUUGGCAGUAUCAAUUCCCCUAAAUCACAGUAGAAACAGUUUCUUAAAGGUCACACUAAUUAUAAUAUGAAACGGACCUACUAAAAUGGCAAAAUAUGGCAACAAUAUAUAAAGGUGCAUAGUGAGAAAACUCCUAUUUGUAAGAUAACCCUCUAUUGUUCAUCCUACCCCCUAAUCUCAUUUCUGGAAGUGAACAUUUGGUGGGCUUUUAUGGUAAACGUACGGUUGGAGCUAUUCUGUCAGCCCGGUCCAGAGGGCGAAAUGUUCUCUGAAAUAACUUUUCCUUCCAUUUCUAACAUAGCUUUCACAAGAAUCCACCCUGCUCCAUCAAACAUUUAACUUCCUAAUAACCGCUGUGAGAAUUUAUAUAUAUUACAAGAAGUGGUCAGUAACUAUGGAACAUUGCUGAUUAGAAUUUUAGUGAAGUAAAUUUGUUCAGAAAGAAAUUUACUUUUACGUGAUCCUUUAUAAGCAGACAAUUUUCCGUAUUUAAUUAGGCAUUUGUAAAUUAAUGUUCUUCAAUAAUGUAAAAUUAGUGAGAUUCCUAGUCAGAUAUCUUAACUACAACGUAAUUUGGAGGAUUUCUACCUUGUAUGAUGAAUAUUUUUUAUAAAAUAAUCCCUAAACUUGUGUAAAUUGUAAAUCAGAAAAUUGAUAUAGAAUGUUUUGCAGUAGGUAUGAUAGUGAAAAAUGAAUAUAGAAGAAAACGUACAAAAUAGAAAUUUCUGGUAACAGGAAAUUCAUAUUACUGGGUAAACUGAAAAAAAUAUUUUUUUGCUUAGUAUAAAAAAUGUUCGUUGUAAUAAAAUGCUUCAUUUUCAAAUGUAACUAAUAAUAAAAC